GCUCUAAAUUUUACCCAAUGGUGGAUCGAACAGGACUAGCUCGGCGUUUAGUGUUUACCACUAAACCCCUCCGGCAGCUGCGAAAUUGACGACAAUUUGUCGUUUUCCUCUCAGAUGCUUAAGUUUUAUACAAACAACAUUCGGUGGAAAGGUGGUUUUAGAGGUCGAUUCAUCUCAUUUCAUUGUUCCCAACGGGAAGGGAAACGAGAUGCGAAUAGUUUUAUCAUUUCAUUUAUGCAUUUUAUAUGUUAUCAUUCGAAUAUUUCAGACAUUUCUUGCGGGCAUUUGGCCCACAAUAACAGAAAUGCUAUUCAUAUUUCAUAACUACACUCUAAAUAAUGUCGUAUUUAAAAUGCAAUAACUGCACGUAUAUUUUAGUAGCCUACACCCAAAUCAACAGCAGAAGCAGCUGAGCUGCGACCUUGAGAAACGCGUGCACAAAACAAAUGUUCCGAAAUGUAAACAGACGAAAGGGAGAUCGCUUGGAAGAAGGGAUGCGUACUCACUCCUCGUGACAAAUUUGAAUUUAAGCCUCAAAGAAACUUGCAGGCAACAUCGCCUUUCUGGAAAGUGUUGUCAAUUGUCGAUUUUGUUGACACCGAGCACAAACGUUUCCGCUUGGAUGUCAAUGUUGAGCGUGCAGCGCCAUCAUCAAUCAUAGGGGCUGCGUGCACAGUGAAUGCAAAUCAAAAUGUAGCAUUUCAAGACUUAUUCGAUCAAAUUGAUCAUCAAAUUCGACUGAGACAUGCAGCGCAACUUCUUCAGCUUGCCUCAGUCGGUAUCCGGUUCCAGUUUCUCCGGUCAUGGCUCCGCCAGGUCAAGAGUCGGAGCGGGGCAGAGCGGCGGCCUGCGGGCCAGGACGGCGCCCCGGAGCGGCGGAAGUGGUCCUAGUGGCGCACAGCGCACCCCGCGGCUGGACCAGCUCGGCCUCUCCUCCAUCUCGGCGGGGAGCGGCUCUCUCGGUCGGACCGCCCACCGGUCCUCCUCCGGGUCCUCCACUCCGUGGUCACGGCGCUCCCACACCCCCGGGUCGGAGAGGCGCCGGGCCCACACCACACCGGGGUCUGUGACACCGCGACCCGUGCAGUCCUCUACUGUACUCGCGCUGGCGGCCGGCCGCGGUCAGGCGACAGGCGCCGUGGGUCUGGCCGCCCUCGACCCCGACUGUCCCCUGCUGGUGCUCUCUCAGCUCAGUGACUCUUACACCUACUCCCGGGUGAUCGCCAAGAUCCAGGUCAUCAACCCGUGCCAGAUCCUGCUACCCAACACACUGUGCGACCCCAGCCAGCCGCUGUACCGGCUGCUCUGCGAACAGUUUGGUGACGUCACUCUGACGUCACUGCCACGUCAUCACUUCCAGUCGGAGGCCGGUCAGGAGCGGGUGGCGGGCCUGUGCCUGCCCUCUCUGGCCAGUGUCACCUCUGCGCUGAGAAAUAUGUACUACUGCGCCACGGCGGCGGCCGCUCUGCUCGUCUACAUGGAGUCGGUCAAAUCAGUCGUGUUCCGACAGCACACACUCAAAGUCGAGUUCCAGACCGCCGAGGCCACCGUCAUGAUCAACAGUGAGACCUGCCGCCGUCUGGAGCUCGUACAGCCGCAGCCCGGGGGACGACCCGAGCAGACGGUGUUCGCCGUUAUCAAACGGACUCAGACCCCCGGCGGGUCGCGCCGGCUCAGAGCUGAGCUGCUGCAGCCCUCCGUCAGCCUGAGCUCCAUCAGGACCCGUCAGGAGUGUGUUCAGGAGCUGGUAGACAGCCCCGACCUGCUCUACCUGCUGAGGGCCGUCAUCGGACGCUUCCAGGACAUCGAGAAAAUACACUCCUUCUGCAUUCAGCAGCACGACUGGGACACGGAGCGAAACGUGGAGCACCGGCUGAACCACAUCAUUUCACUGAAGGCUUCCCUGGAGUGUGUGGAGGCGCUGAGAGAGGCGCUGGCGCCCGCGCAGCAUCCGUUCCUCGUGUCAAUGAGAGAGUGUCUCCAGGAACCAGUAGUCGAAUCCCUGCUGCUGCGUCUCCGCGCGGUGGUCCACGAUGACGUCCAGCCGUGCCGCGGAGGUAUAGAGCAGCGCGUGCAGCGCUGCUACGCCAUCAAAUCGGGUAUCAACGGCAUGCUGGACGUGGCCAGACGACUCUACUCCGAGGCAUACGACGAGUUCGUCUGCUACGUGCAGCAGCUGGGCGAGCAGCACCGCCUGGCUCUGAAGCCGGGCUACAACACCAGCCGGGGCUUCCACGCCAUACUGGCGCUGGGACGGCGCGGCAGCCGGCCGCCGGCGCUGCCAGAAGAGUUUAUACAGGUUCAGCACAACCAGUCCACGCUGACCUGCACCACAGAGGUGAUGGUACAGAUGAGCCAGAGAGCAGACGCCUCCGUACUGGAGAUCGGACAGCUGAGCAACAUCGUGGUGUGCGAGCUACUCAACGAGCUGCAGAGUGACCUGUGCUUCCUCUAUCAGUUGGCAGAGAUAGUCUCCACCACCGACCUGCUCGUCUCCCUGGCCGACCUAGCCGCUGCCCAGGAUCUGAAGAGGCCUGAGUUCGGGGGCCGGCUGACGAUCCGCGGCGGUUGGCACCCGCUGCUGGCGGCGACUACCACUGUGCCGCUACAGCCGUCAGACCUGGACGUGGAGCCGGAGUGUCGCCUGGCCGUCAUCACCGGCGGUAAUAUGAGCGGCAAGAGCACGCUGCUUAAACUGGUGGCCGUCACACAGAUCCUGGCGCAGCUGGGCUCGUUCGUGCCGGCCGACAGCGCCACGCUGCCGAUCGUGGACCAAAUCUUCUGUCGGAGUGGCUGUGAGGACCGCACAGAGAAACAGGCCUCCUCAUUCAUGGCAGAGAUGUGGGAGGUGUCUGGCGUGCUGCAGCAGGCCACCGCCCGCUCGCUGGUCCUGCUGGACGAGCCGGGCCGCUCCACCGCCGCCGAGGAGGGCGCUGCGCUGACCUGGGCGGUGUGUGAACACCUCCUGCGCCGCAGGUGCCGCACACUGGCCGCCACACACCACCAGCAGUGUAGCGGGAUAGCGGAUAUGUAUCAGAAUAUGGCCGCCAAUUUCCACCUGGGCGCCUGCGACGGUGACCCGGUGGACACCGGUGACCAGCGGGCGGCGGCCGGAGCGGCCCACCGGGUGUUCGCGGGCCGUCUGCGCCGCACUGGGUACGGCCUGGAGCUGGCGGCCACCACCAGCCUGCCCCCGGCGCUGCUGGAGCACGCCAAACAGCUGCUCGAGACGGUGCUGAGGCCGCCGAGACCGCUGCGCGUGUCCGACCGCCGUCAGCAGGAGCGUCAGGUGUGCGCGCUGGCUGCCAAACUGGCGCAGCUGGCGGACGGCGCCAGCCGGCCGACCGACGAGCUGCGCCAGGAGCUGCGCCAGCUGCGUCAGCAGUUCGUCGCCAGUCAGCUGGAGGGGGCUAGGGAGGAGGGAGAGGACGGGAUGGAGGGGAGAGGGGAGGUGGGAGAGCAGAGGGAGGGAGAGAUGGUGUGCUGAGUGAUGAUCGGCUGUGAUCGAGAAGGGCUGUGUUGUUUAGUGAUCUUUCGUGUUGCGAUGUUUCGUGCAAUAUUGGCUGUGUGUCUCUGUCGUUGGGCGGAGGUAAUAGUUCAUGUGUUUUGCUGUAUAUGUCAAGUGGAAAUGCGUUGUAGUUCUUUCGCUUGUAAGCUUUCCGCUGAUGUGAAGUUUUGCGGGACUACUGACAUUUAAUUGUUAUUUGUUAACGCUAUUUUGCGUAGAGUUUAAUGGUUCAGCGUGUUUGUUGUUGCCUUGACUUGGACUUGACUUCUGCAAGAUCUCUAUCGAUGCGUGAGUACGUCGAUUAGGUGUGUUUCAUAGUGGUCUUACGGUAAGAUAUAUGCCGUUUCUUAUUUAUCAGCGAUACCUGAUUUAUGCCAAGCAUAUGGGAAUCCCCGGGAAUGCGCGUACCUUUAUUGACCCUGUGUCAGAUAAAUGUAUUCUAGAAAAGGAUAAUUGAAUUGUUCGUAGAGUGUCUCUCGAUAACCAGUUGCAUCACUUACUAGAAAAUUAGGUAAAAAAGAAAAUAGGUCAGCUUCAGGUCUAAACUUCAUUCGAACCAGUAGGUAGCGCGCAUAUGCAUUUUAAAUAACCCUUGUCACGGUUGCAGGUACCCAUUGGAGUGCAUCACGUGUUUAUUUGCGAAAUAUCGAGCGUGUGUCAGCGGGGAAACGUCCUCUAUAAUAAUCUCCCACGUAAUUUGCGCACCAACUCCGUGCUUCCGUGCACCGUCAUUGGGUUUGACCCGUGUCAAGACCUCUCAUCUUCCAGGCUGCAGCUACGAAUCAUCGUCGUGCCUGCGCCUGUCAUCGAACCGAUAUUUUGAACUACCAUUAUUCUUGGCCUAGCCAUUAUUCUUGAUCUUGGCACUAAGUGUUUUCACUAUAAAAUUAUUACAAAAUAAUGAUGCUUGAUAUAUCUUAAAAUAUUCGAGAUAACCGUUCAGCAGGCUACGUAAUAUCAUAUUUUACCAAUAUUUGCAAGCAGUCCAGCAAGCCUGUGUCUAUCGUUUGGCUGUUAUAGAAUCAUCAUGGCUGCCACGGUCUCCGCCGCCAACCGCGGGCGCUUCCAGCCCGCGUUUCCCCGCUCCCACGCAAUCCACGAGAGUCAGAAGGCGGCUCGCUACUCUGCCCGCAAACGGGGCGUCAACUCCGGCCGGCCGAUGGAGUACAUUGACCCGGGCCGGGCUGAACUCCGCAGCGUACUGGUACGGACCAAUGCCGCCAUGCAUCGCACCAAGUCUGGACAAAACUACGAGAAGGCGGUACGAGUGGUGAACGCGGAGUACUGGAAGCCGCCCAAACCGAUACCCGGAGAGUGGUUUCCCAACGUCGGGCAGGUGUUUGACCUGAGGAAGGGAGAUGUGGAUGCGACGAAAGUGGAUCAUUUGUGUGAGAUCUUGGAGCAUAUGCCGUUUCUGUUCAAGGCGAUUGACAGAAUCAAGAUAAGUUGGUUGAGGAAUAACUACCCGCUGCCUCUGAGAAUAGUGCGGGCUCUCGAUCGCGAUGACUUUGAGCUGAUCAGUUCCAACUUCCCUGGACCGAUUGGCGAUGUCAACAGGUACCCGGGGGCCAUGUGGACCAUGUCUACGGACGGAGCCAAGUCCACACCGAAGCGGACUCAACAGAUGCGUCGAGACACGGUCACUCGAUACAGUCGACCCUUUGACAAAACGGCAUUGGCCGCCGACCCCAGCGCCGUACCCAAGACGGUCGUCCCCCACCGACGCGACUGGAACCGACUGGUACACCGCUACCUGGACGACUGUGUGUCCUCUAUGCGGCCGAGCGGAGCUCAGCAGGGCCCACCGCGCGCUGAUAGAGCCUCCUUUGGUGUUGGUGGAGAGAGACAUAGUGUGGUGGGAGGGAGGAGACAGUCGGCUCUGGACUUGGAACAUGCGUCCGCGGCGGGCGACAUGACCGGCUGGCCUUCCGUGCGGAUGGAGCGACCGGUCUCGCGGCUCAUGGAGCCACUCUAUCCUCCCUGGCAGCUGGUUCAGGAAGCUGAGGAGAGCGACAGGCGCGUCUCCAACCUGAGCACAGUGUCGGCAGAGGACGCCAAGCUCAUCAUGAAGCGGUGCAGGCAGCUGAAGAACAGGACACUGGCAAUGAUGGAUCAGCACUACAAGGCAAAGAUUCACAAGCUGGAGGACAACCGUGAGCAGCGUUACCGCCGCAAGGUGUCCUACCUGGUGCCCCCGUACCGGACCGCGGGCGCGGACAUGCCGGCGAUCCGGCGGCGGGUACAGCGGCGCAGUCGCCUGGAGGAUGUGACGCUGCGCAGCGCCGCCUGGUACGGACGACUGCUGCAGCUGUGUGCCGCCGUGGGAGCCGCCGAUAUGCCGCGCUGUCAGGAGCUGCUGGAUCAGCUGCUACCGUUCAGCCGCCGGGACGGCUCGCAGAUCAGCCGCGGCAGCGAGAAGCUCUGCCUGCUGCUCAUGUCCGUGCCGUACUAUGAUGCGCUACAGCAGGGGCUGCAGAUGGCCAUACUGUUUGUACACGUGCACUUCCUGCGGGGAAGUGAGAAUGUGUUCAGACGAUGGCUGGAGGCGCGGAGUCUAGCCGACGCCACCAAGAGCAGCCCACUGCUGGCGCUGGUCCGCGGGGAGCUGGCGCCCGACCACGACAGCUCCUCCAGCUCCAGCUCCAGCUCCAGCUCCGACGACGAGAGCGUGUCGUGACCGAGCUGAGUAACCGACCCCGGUGACGGCUGAGGGUCAGUGGGGUCAGCCGGCGCGCUCCUACGACGACGAGAGUGUCUCCCGAUGAUAGGGGGGUUAGUGGCGCCAGCCUGCGAGACUGCGAAGCUAAGGACUGUACGAUGCGAUACGUAUCCAGAAUUGCUCACCUCACGUACGGGUAGGAGAGACGGAUAUAGACGGUCAGGCUGAGACGAAUCGCAUCCGGAGCUUUAUGCAUGGGGACAGAUAUAUGACCAACGACAGUAUUUUGGCGACUUCCUUGAUUUUCGUGCCUGCCUCCAUGCACUUAUUCAUUGAUCAGGUAUACAGUGGCUCCAAAAAUGGUUCGAAAACGUACACUAAUUUACAACGCUGCAGACGUUCAUAUUACAUAGGUUCUUGGUUCUCCUUUCACGUAAGCUGGACUUGGAAACUGAUCAAGAAAACACUUACGAUAAACGAACGAUAAUGAACGACAACGGCAACGGACGAACGACAACGAACGACCCCUAUCGUAAAAUACGAUCGCAAAAUAAGGGUCGUAAUGCUUUGAGCAUCCUGAAAGUGUCGCUUGAUAGGCCUUACAACAUGCCCGCACAUGUGAGACUUUUUUGUUUGUGAACUGUAUUUGCUGGUAUGACAUGCUGUGCUAUGAUUACAUGCUAUUGAGAUUGAGAUAUA